CUGAGAAGCAGAAUGUGCGAACUUAACCGCUGUGCCACCAGGCCAGCACCCUGUGUGUGUAUUUUAUUGAAAAAUUUCAAGCAGCACAGAAGUAGAGUGAACUAUACAAAGAAUUGCCAUCAACAGAUGCAAUAAUUAUCAAGAUUUGUCACGUUUGCUUUCUUUUCAUUUCUCUUUUUUUCUUGGCUGAAAUUACUCUAGAGCAAAUCCCAGACAUUAUAUGAUUUUACUCCUACAAACUUCAGUGUGUAUCUCUAAAAAAUCUGGAAAUUUACAAUAUUAUUAGACUUACUGAAUUUUUUCUUAGUGUUGUCUAAUCUAUAAUCGAAUUUCCUUGAGUGUCUCAAAAAUGGUUUUUUUACAGUUGGUUUGUUUAAAUCAGGAGCCAAACAAAUCUACACAUUAUAUUUGGUUAUUAUGUCAAGUUUCUUGUAAUCAAAAGCAGUCUCCCCAGCCUCCCUUCUUUUUUCAUGACAUUGACUUGUUCCAGAAACCAGCUUUUUAUUGUGUUUUAUAUUGUAUUUUAUUGUGCCUCAUAUCAGGAGGCAAAUAAUGUUUGGUUGGUCCAUUUUUGGUGUUGAAUGGGUUCAGUUUUAGUUUUAAAUUUUAAAGUUUCCCAACAAGCUUUCAUUUUAGUGGUACUAUCCACUGGUGCUUGUUGCCUGAAUUAUUUCAUUAGAGGAUGCAGAAUGGUGAUUUUUUUCCUGAUUGUAUCAUUCUUUCCAUAUUGACUAGUUGAUAAUCUUCUAUAAAGAACUCGCUCUCAUCAGUUAGUUAUUCUAAAUUAUAAUUCAUAUUGAAAAGACAGGAUAAAUGUUUAAUUCUUUCCUUUUACUUGCCAGUUUUCAGGAAAUGAUCACUAGUUACUUCCAGUGGUAUACAAUGAGUAGUUGAUUUUUUGGCUUUCUCUCAAAAAGAUCAUUAUGAAUUCAUGGGUUUUUAUAUAUUGAGCAUACCACUCAAUUAUCAAAAUUAAGCGGAGGAUCCACAGGGUCAGCUCUAUGCUUUAGAAAGUUAACUGGUAGAGAUUAGAGGCAGAGAAACUGAUCACUUGAAAGAUUGCCUAUUAAUCAAAAUUACAAAUGCACCUAAAUUUAGAGGAAUUUAUGCUACUCAUAUAGUUCCACAUGUUCGAAGUUACUUAGAUACAAGGUUAUUUAUAGCAGCAUUUUUUAUAAUUGCAAAAGACUAGAAACCACCUAAAUAUCCAUUAAUAUUAGUAGGGGGACUAAUUAAAUUAUACUACAUUCAUUUAAGUAGAUGCUAAGCAGUCAUAACAAAGAAUGAGGAAAGUUUUUAUGUAUAGAAAUGGAAUACUCUCCAAGGUACACUCAGUUAAAAGAACCAAGGUGCAGGACAGUGUGUGUAGCUGCUGUUUGAAUUAAAAUAGGGAAAGAUAUAUAUGUAUUUCCAUGUGUGUAUAAAUACUAAAAUAUCUUGGACUUGUGACAAGAAACAUUACAUAAUUGCCUGUGAGGAUGUGGUCUGGGAGGCUAGAGACAGGUGGAAGGGAGUCUUCACUUGAUACCCUAAGUAUCUUGAAUUUUGAGCCAUGUGAAUGUCUUAUUCCAAAAAUAAAGACAUUUAUUAAUAUAAAAAGGAGAUUUUAUAGUAGUUCAAGUCAAAGGUAGCCCAAUCUGAGGUAACAGGAAUGGAGAGGAGACAGAUUGAUUCAUUAUAGAAGUAAUGUUUGCAGCUUAGAGCUGGCCAUCAGACAAGCACUGAAGAUAUGUUGUAUUAGGGGAACUGCAGCCUCAAUUGCUCCGAAUUUUCUGCUUUCGAAAAGAAGUUGGUCCUAAGCCACAAUGCAGCCUUAGCUUGCCCUUAGACCACUAAGAGGGGUGGUGUGGGAGCUCCUUUACUCCCACUUUUAAGUCUUAGCUAGCUUCUCCCACGCUUUUCUUAAAUGUUUUGUGUAACCAAGAGAAUUUAAUAGGUGAGACUAUUUGGGAAGAGAAAGAUUGGUUUACCCCACCACUUCCUGUCUGUAUUUAUAUAUCUGAACUCUCCUGCUCAGUAUGUGAAGACCUGUGAAAUUUAUACAAGAAAGGACAAAAGUUUGUUACAUUCUUUCUUCACUCGCAGGCCAUCUCCCAGGGAGGGAGUGGGGCAAGGCCUGUGUGACCAAGGGCAGGGUCCAAGGCCGAGGCUCACUCGAGUGCAGCGUCCCCACGCCAGGUUUUUCUGCUCCUGUACUUUCCCUUUCCUGCCCUUUUUCCAAGCCCCCUUUCACUGUGUUUCUGUCUCCGGUCCAUCUUUGACUUCUCAAGUGGCCGGAUCUGUGGGGCUGCCCCGCGGCGGAGACGGGAGUCAUUCUCUGGCGGCCUGCGGUAAGGAUUCCUUUGUCUCCCAGUCUCUGUCUUCGGCUCGAACCGCGCCGGGCCUGCGGGUACACUCUCACAUCCAGCCUGGCCCUGCCCGCCACAGACCCAGUAGUCUUAAAGGAAGCCAGCAUUCUGCGCUCGGAAGCGACAGCCAGGCCUGGGCGCCCGCACACUCGAGGCUCCCGUAGAGGCCGCGUGGGAACCCGCGGGGGCGCGACGACCCUCACCGCGCAGGCGUCAAUCUUCCCUUCUUGACACUGCAAUUCCCAUCAGGCCAUGCAGCGUUCCCGGUGUCGAUGAAGCCCCGGAGCUUCGCCCGCUCCGAAAGGGCUCGGGGACUCUCGCCGCACUGCAUUAUGGAAUACAUAGUCUAAUAGAAAACGUCUUUGGGCACAAACUCUAGACCAAGCUCACGUGUUUACCUUAUGCGCUGGGCGGGGGGUGGACGGGUGCGUCCAUGAAGAGCAGCUACCAGAUUUCGUCAUAAAACCGCGACCAGACAGGCGGCGCCAUCUUCGAACUUGGACUUCCGGAAGGACUUUGGUGAGGGGGCAGCCAAUUUAGGGGAUUGCUGAUGGAUGCCUGCGGGGUCGGCUGUGCUGCCCUUGGGGAGGCCGGCCCCGUGGGGAACAUGACUGUGGUAGACUCUCCCAGAGAAGAGGUGCUAAACCAGUUUGACAUCAAGGCCUCUUCAGAAACAACCAGUGCAAAGGCUUCCAUAGAGAUGUCGUUACCUACCCCUUUACCUGGAUUUGAGGAUUCUCUUAAUGAGAAGAGGCUCCCUCCAAAACAGGAAAGCCUUUCCAGACUGGAACAGCAAGAUCUUCCUUCAGAGAUGUCAAAGGUCUCAAAGCCUAGGGCCUCAAAGCCUGGCCGGAAGAGAGGUGGUAGGACACGGAAAGGCCCAAAAAGGCCCCAACAACCUAAUCCUCCAUCAGCCCCUCUGGUUCCUGGUCUCUUAGAUCAAUCCAACCCUCUAUCCACCCCCAUGCCUAAGAAACGAGGUCGAAAGUCCAAGGCAGAGCUGCUACUGCUGAAGUUGUCAAAAGGCCUAGAUCAGCCAGAAUCUCCACCUCCAAAGAGGCCCCCUGAGGACUUUGAGACCCCUCCUGGGGAACGACCCCGCCGAAGGGCUGCCCAAGUGGCACUUCUAUAUCUCCAGGAACUGGCUGAAGAGCUCUCAACAGCCCUGCCUGCUCCAGUGUCCUGUCCUGAGAGCCCCAAGGUGAGCAGCCCUACCAAACCGAAGAAAAGCCGCCAGCAGGGAGCCUGUCAAGGUGGAGAAGAAGAGGAUGAUACUGCACAGGACGAAGACUUUGUUCUCCAGGUUGAGGCUGAAGAUGGAGAAGAAAGUGAGGCCCCAAGUGAGAGCUCUUCCGAGCCCGAGCCUGCAGUGCCUCGAAGCAUCCCACGAGGACCUACUUCAGGGAAGCAGAAGCCACACUGCCGGGGAGUGGCUCCUAAUGGCUUACCAAAUCACAUCAUGGCUCCUGUUUGGAAGUGCCUCCAUCUCACCAAGGACCACCGAGAACAGAAACAUUCAUACUGGGAGUUUGCAGAAUGGAUUCCUUUAGCCUGGAAGUGGCACUUGUUAUCUGAACUUGAGGCAGCUCCCUACCUGCCGCAGGAGGAGAAGUCUCCACUGUUUUCUGUACAACGUGAAGGACUUCCUGAAGAUGGCACACUCUACCGAAUAAACAGAUUUAGCUCUAUCACAGCACACCCAGAGCGCUGGGAUGUGUCCUUCUUCACGGGGGGACCACUCUGGGCUCUGGACUGGUGCCCUGUGCCAGAGGGGGCAGCAGCCUCUCAGUAUGUGGCCCUUUUCUCCAGCCCUGACAUGAAUGAGACACACCCACUGAGCCAGCUUCAUUCGGGUCCUGGGCUGCUCCAGCUCUGGGGCCUUGGGACCUUGCAGCAAGAAAGCUGUCCUGGCAACAGGGCCCACUUUGUCUAUGGGAUUGCGUGUGACCAUGGCUGCAUCUGGGACCUCAAAUUCUGCCCCAGUGGAGCAUGGGAGCUUCCAGGCACCCCUCGGAAGGCUCCUCUCCUGCCUCGGUUGGGUCUCUUGGCUCUUGCCUGCUCAGAUGGGAAGGUGCUGCUGUUCAGUCUUCCCCAUCCUGAGGCCCUGCUGGCUCAGCAGCCACUAGAUGCAGUGAAGCCCGCCAUCUAUAAGGCACAAUGUGUGGCAACCCUUCAGGUGGGGUCUGUGCAAGCUUCGGACCCCUCCGAGUGUGGUCAGUGCCUUAGCCUGGCCUGGAUGCCCACCCGGCCCCACCACCACCUGGCUGCUGGAUACUAUAAUGGCAUGGUGGUUUUCUGGAACCUUCCCACUAACUCACCCCUGCAGCGGAUACGGCUCUCUGAUGGUUCCUUGAAGCUCUACCCCUUCCAGUGUUUCCUAGCCCAUGACCAGGCUGUGCGUACCCUUCAAUGGUGCAAAGCUAACAGUCAUUUCCUAGUCUCUGCGGGGAGUGACCGGAAAAUCAAAUUCUGGGACCUUCGACGACCUUAUGAACCAAUAAACUCUAUCAAGCGCUUCUUGAGUACAGAGCUCGCCUGGCUUCUCCCCUAUAAUGGUGUCACUGUGGCUCAGGACAACUGCUAUGCCUCUUUUGGACUCUGUGGAAUUCAUUAUAUUGAUGCUGGUUACCUUGGUUUCAAGGCCUACUUUACUGCUCCUCGAAAAGGCACCGUCUGGAGUCUUUCAGGAUCCGACUGGCUUGGGACAAUAGCCGCAGGAGAUAUAUCCGGAGAGCUCAUUGCAGCUAUAUUGCCUGAUAUGGCACUGAACCCAAUAAAUGUCAAGCGACCUGUAGAGCGAAGAUUCCCUAUAUAUAAAGCAGAUCUGAUGCCAUAUCAGGACAGUCCUGAAGGUCAAGACCACUCUUGUGCUUCAUCUGGGACCCCUAACCCUCCCAAGGCUCGAACUUAUGCUGAAACUGUCAACCAUCACUACUUGCUCUUUCAAGACACAGAUUUGAGUUCAUUCCAUGGUCUGCUCCAUAGAGAACCAAUGCUGCGCAUGCAGGAGGGAGAGGGGCAUUCAAAGCUCUACCUGGACAGGCUGCAGCUAGAGGCUAUUCACAAGGUACGUUUCAGCCCAAACCUGGACUCCUAUGGAUGGCUGGUAUCUGGGGGGCAGUCGGGGCUGGUUCGGAUCCAUUUUGUCCGUGGACUCACCUCCCCACUGGGCCACCGUAUGCAGCUUGAAAGCCGAGCCCACUUCAGUGCUAUGUUCCAACCAUCCUCCCCUACUAAAGGGCCUGACUUCCCUCUAACCAGCCACUGCCUUCUGCCCAGUCCCUAGUCAUGGUCCGCACAGGACCCUUGGAAUGAAGUCUGCCAAGAACACAUGGCCCCCAUGCACAGAGCCAUAGGAACUGGGGCCUUCCUGGACAGUGAUGCUGCCAGGCCUGGACUUUUACUCCUGCCUCCCCAGGACUCCUUAGAACCCUCUUCUUCCACAGACUUCUGUCAUCACAGCCCCCUGCGGGCAGGGGGGUUCUCCCUCCACAAACUCUCAAGGCUCCUCAGCCUAAAACUAUAGCUCAUGAGAAACACUCAGGCCUGACCUAGGCUUGGGAGUCAAAUUGCUCAUAUUGAGCAUAUUGUGAAGUGGGUAAAGCUAAGUAAAGGUACUGGGUGUUUUUGAGACCACAUGUGAGUGGGUGUUUGGAGAACUGGAAAGGGUAUCUGCAUGAAGGCUCCUGUUUGUCUGUAUUCCAGGAUCCAAUGUUACUGCCUUCCAUAAUUUCCUGUUUAGAGUAACCAACACACAGGCCCAUGAGAGGGUGAUGGUAAUUUAUUGAACUGAAGCUGCUUAUAGUACUUCUUUAGCUGAGAAACACCAGAAACACCCUACCAAUAGAACAAUGGCUCAGAUCUUACUUGCUCCUGCUUAUGAAAUAUUCCUGAUGACUGGUCGUCUGACCCUAUGUGAACAAGUCCAGACAGUCAUGUUUUAAAAAAAAAUCUUCCUUUAUAUCAAGUCAGAGAGUAUAUCUCUAUAAAUUUUACCAUGGGUGUUAGGAAAUCUAGUCAUUCUUCCCUGUGACUGCCCUUUUAAGUAUUUAACAAUAGCUAUCAUGUGUUUCCCAAGUCUUUUCUUCUCUAGAUUAAAUAUCUUUAGUUACUUUAACCAUU